AUGCCCAACAUUGUCAAUAUUCCGAUGAUUUGGAAGAUUGAAAUAACAUUUUGCCGUUUGCGGCACCUCGAGCUGAACAGAUUAGUGAACCUGAGACGAUUGUUAGUGAUGCAGCUCAACCAUAACCAGAUCACCCGUAUCGAGCCCACGAUCAUGCCUUUGCGACUCCAGCACUUUACACUCACCAACAACCAUCUUUCGCACCUGGACGCUGGUGUCUUCGCACCGAUGAAAGAACUGUUCUUCCUCAAUCUGGAUUUCAAUCAGCUGGCAGAGAUCGUCCCAACCAACAUAUCGUUGCCAGCGCUGCAAAUGUUAUCACUGAACCACAAUCGCCUACCAAUGUUGAACUUUGGUAACUGGAGCAUGCCGCAACUUAAAACACUUCACUGUAGCAGUAAUCGGCUUACGGCACCGCCGGCCGAGUGGAAUUCGCUUCCGCAACUUAAAGUACUCGAUCUGUCCCUUAAUCAACUCGCCGUCUUCCCGAUGGACGAUCUCUACCUGUCCGGACUCGGACUGCUGAAUCUAAGCGGGAAUGCUUUGACCAGCGUCCCCACCACCAAAAAGCGUCUGCACGUGCCCCUGGAGCGAUUUUUUCUAUCCUCCAACCGGCUCACCAGUUUGGCCAUCAAUCGCUGGAACAUGCCGAAGCUGUGGGAGUUUAGCGUGGCGCACAAUCAGCUAACCGAACUGGGCGAUGUGUUUCAUCGAUUCGCCACCGUUCCAUCGGUUCGCUACAGGCGGUUUGACCUGCGAAACAACAGCUGGUCCUGCGGGUGGCUUCUCCGGAUUCAUCCGGCCGACCUCUGGCAGCGAGACUACGGAUUGCUGACGACCAAUGCUUCCUGUUCCGAUCGGACACUUGUGUUCACCGACUGGAAGCGCCCGGACUGGGAGCCACACAAAAUUUGCUGCCACGAACGGAACGAAUUGGGGCUCCAAUGA